GACCAACGUUCUCCGUAACUAUUAUCCUUUUGCUUUCCAACCAGGCGUUGCUGGAUCUAUUCGCUUUCAAGGACAUACAUCGUUGAACAGUUUGCUUGGGUUGCGAUAGCCAUAAAGGAAGCCCCGGCUGGGGCUCUACUACUUGACAUGGGGGCUUAAGCUGACACUUUACGGGGAAGGCAAAAGCUAAAGUUACAGCCAGCGGAGGACGGGCCGCCCACCGCAAGCGGUGGCUGCGGCCAUGGCGGACGACCUGUAUGAUGAAUUUGGCAACUAUAUAGGUCCCGCCUUGGAGGAUAGUGAGGAAGAGGAUGAUGAGCAGCAUCAACAUCACGGAUUUGUGGACGAAGAAGGCAUAGAUGGAGAUGGUGUCGGGCAUCAUGAGGUUGACGCCAUGGAAGAAGAUGUGGAGCCAGGUGAUGGGGGAAUGGCCGUGGUAUUGCACGAGGAUAAGAAGUAUUACCCGUCAGCCGAGGAGAUCUAUGGACCCGAAGUGGAGACGCUGGUCAUGGAGGAGGACGCGCAGCCUCUGGAGGUGCCCAUCGUUGCCCCCAUUAAGGUCAAAAAAUUUGAAACCCUUGAAGCGGAGCCCCUGCACACUCACUACAGCAACGAAUUCCUUGCUACGCUCAUGGCAAACCCGGAACUUGUUCGCAACGUGGCUAUUGUCGGUCAUUUGCAUCAUGGCAAAACGACCAUCAUGGAUAUGUUCGUUGAGCAGACCCACGAGUUGAAGAAGUUGACAGCGGCACAGGAAGCGGCUGGCAAGCAGCUUCGGUUCACGGACACACGGUUGGAUGAGCAGGCGCGUGCCAUGAGUAUCAAGAUGAUGCCUAUGUCGCUGGUGAUGGAGGGGCAAAGCGGAAAAUCGUUCCUGCUUAACCUACUGGACUGCCCUGGCCAUGUCAACUUCAACGACGAGGUGACAGCUGCGAUGCGCCUGGCGGACGGCUUGUUGCUGGUGGUGGAUGCUGCGGAGGGGAUCAUGGUGGUCACGGAGCGGGCGGUGCAGCAAGCGCUGCAGGAGGGACUGUCCAUAACCCUCAUGAUCAGUAAGGUCGACCGAUUGAUUACGGAACUGAAGCUUCCGCCCGCAGAUGCGUACCACAAGCUGCGGCACACGAUUGAGGAGGUCAACAAUCUCAUUGCGGUGUGCUGUGGCGGUGAGGUGCCGCCGGAGCGUUUGCUCGAUCCAGUGCGUGGCAACGUGGCGUUCUGCGCGGCGGCAUCCGGCUGGUCGUUCACGCUCCAAUCCUUUGCCCGCCUCUACGCGGACAUAUCUGGCGCUGGCUUCGACCCACGGGAGCUUGCGAAGCGGCUGUGGGGCGACCUUUAUUUCCAUCGGGAGGACCGCGUGUUUCGGCGGACCCCCCAGCGAGCCGGCGGGACCACGGAGCGCAGCUUUGUCCAGUUCAUCCUGGAGCCGCUGUUCAAGAUGUACAGCACUGUAAUUGGCGAACACCCGAAGACCGUGGAGGCCAUGUUGGCGGGGUUGGGCGUUUUCCUGCGGACCGCCAUGUACAACCUGGACACCAAGCCUUUGCUGAAACAGGUUUGCUCCAGCGUGCUGGGAAAUUGCUCAGGUGUCGUGGACAUGCUCGUCGAGCACGUGCCGCCCAGCCGAAAGGCAACGGCAGCCAAGGUGGCGGCGCACUACAGUGGUCCGCCGGACGCGCCGGCCGUGUCAUUUAUGUCCGCCUGCAACCCGCGCGGGCCACUUGUGGUAGCGGUGGCUAAGCUCUUCCCCCGGCAAGACUGCUCACGAUUCGACGCACUCGGCCGCAUUAUGAGUGGGACACUGCGGCCCGGAGAUCAGGUUAAGGUGCUUGGCGAGGCUUACACGCCUGAGGAUGAGGAGGAUAGCGCCGUGGCUACGGUAGGGAAUGUGUGGGUAUACCAGGCCAGGUAUCGCGUGCCUGUGGCCCGGGCCACCGCUGGUAACCUUGUACUGAUCGAGGGCGUGGACGCCACCAUUACACGGACAGCUACGCUGGUAGCAGACGCGUACGAUGAGCCGGUGCAUAUCUUCAGACCGCUUCAGUUCCAGACUCGCAGCACGGUGAAGAUUGCCGCGGAGCCGCUGAACCCCUCGGAGCUGCCAAAGAUGGUAGAGGGGCUACGCAAGGUGUCGAAAAGCUACCCAAUGUGCAGCACCCGCGUCGAGGAGAGCGGCGAGCACACCAUCUUCGGCACCGGGGAGGUGUACCUGGACUGCCUCAUGAAGGACCUGCGUGAGCUGUACGCGGAGGUGGAGGUCAAGGUGGCGGACCCGGUGGUAGCUUUUUGCGAAACGGUUGUUGAGAGCAGCUCGCUCAAGUGCUUUGCGGAGACGCCCAACAAGCGCAAUAAGAUUACCAUGAUAGCGGAGCCGCUGGACAAGGGCUUGGCAGAGGACAUUGAGGCGGGCAACGUGCGUCUUGAGAUGGGCCGCAAGCAGCUCACGGAAUGGUUCCAAUCGCGGUACGAGUGGGAUCUUCUGGCGGUUCGCGGUCUAUGGGCGUUCGGGCCGGACGCGCAGGGCCCCAACGUGCUGCUGGAUGACAGUCUGGCGGCUGAGACGGACAAGGGACUUCUGAACGCGGUCCGAGACUCCAUCAUUCAGGGCUUCCAAUGGGGUGCCCGCGAGGGGCCGUUAUGUGACGAGCCCAUCCGAAACGUCAAGUUCAAGAUCCUGGACGCUACCAUUGCGCCGGAGCCCAUCCACCGCGGCGGUGGCCAGGUCAUUCCUACCGCGCGCCGCGUCUGCUACUCGGCCUUCCUCAUGGCUACGCCGCGCCUCAUGGAGCCGGUGUACUACGUGGAAAUCCAGACGCCUGCGGAUUGCAUCGCCGCCAUCUAUAACGUGCUUGCCAAGCGAAGAGGGCACGUGACGGCGGAUGUGCCCAAGCCCGGCACGCCCAUCUUCAUCGUGAAGGCCUACCUGCCGGUCAUUGAGAGCUUUGGAUUCGAGACGGACCUGCGAUACCACACGCAGGGCCAAGCUUUCUGCCAGUCAGUGUUCGACCACUGGCAGGUGGUGCCGGGCGAUCCCCUGGACAAGUCCAUUGUAUUGCGGCCGCUGGAGCCGGCGCCAAUCCAGGCUUUGGCGCGCGAGUUUAUGGUGAAGACGCGAAGGCGCAAGGGCAUGAGCGAUGACGUGUCGAUUAACAAGUUCUUCGACGAUCCCAUGCUUCUGGAGUUGGCCAAGCAGGAUGCCGAUCUGGCCAUGAUUUUUUAA